AUGAAGAUGGAAAUGUAUUUCAAAGAGUACCCUGGUACCUUCACUGAUAAAAGAAAGAUCAGGGCCACCUUAACCAAUAUGGGAGAAGGUGAACCAGUCAAAUGGGCCAGUCCCCUGAUGCAGAAACAUCUCAGUGAUGAACAUCAUGAGUACCUGACUUCCUGGAAUGCAUUCAAAGCAGCAUUCCUACUCAACUUCAGUGAUCCAUCCAAAAGGGAUAGGGCUAUUAGGGAGAUCAAUAGCCUAAAACAAACUGGAUCAGCACAAAUUUAUGCCAAGCAAAUCAUUGAAGUAGCCAUCAGGACUGAUGACAUUCUUCAACAGGCAGCUUCAAUCAAGGACACUACUACACCACCUAGCAUCCUAAAGAAAGGAAAGACCAACAACUAUAGACCUACAGAGAGGUUCCCUGCAGAGAUUUUUCUGAGGAGAAGCCAAGCAGGAGAUACUCCACUCAUCCUAGGUCUCUCCUGGCUAAGAAAAGCCAACCCUACCAUCUGCUGGAGGGAUUUCUCAUUAAGCUACCAGGAUGAGGAACCUAUGAAAGGAAAACUGGCAGAGAUAGGGGAACUCCCUCCUGAGAUAGAAGACUUCCAAGAUGUAUUCUCUGAAGAGCUCUUUAAACAACUCCCUCAACACAGAUCCUUUGAUUGCUCCAUUAACUUCAAGGAAGGGAGUGAACUUCCAAAACCUGCUAAAGCCUAUCCCAUGUCUCCAGCAGAGUCCAAAGCCAUGAAAGAAUAUAUGGAGAAGGAACUAUUGGAUGGGAAAAUUGAACCAAGUCACUCUCCUAUUGCUUCCCCAUGCUUCUUUGUGAGGAAAGCUGAUGGGGGACUGAGACUAGUAGUGGACUAUAGGAAGAUCAAUGACAUCACCAUCACAGAUCAAUUCCCCAUGCCCUUGCAGUCUGACCUUCUAGAAAAGGUCAAGGAUGCCAAGAUUUUCUCCAAACUUGAUCUGAAAUCAGGAUACAAUGACAUCAGGAUCAAAGCAGGGGAGGAAUGGAAAACUGCUUUCAGGACAAAGGAUGGUCUCUUUCAAUAUUGUGUGAUGCCUUUUGGAUUGAGAAAUGCCCCUCAAAUCUUCCAGAGGUUGAUGAAUCAUAUCUUCUAUGACAUGAUUGAUGUGUCAGUGAUUAUCUACUUAGAUGAUAUACUGAUCUACUCUAGGAAUAGAGAAGAACACACCAAACAUCUCAGGGAAGUACUUAGAAGAAUCAGGGACAACAACCUGUACCUGAAACUUGCAAAGUGCCUAUUCUACACCACUGAAGUAACCUAUAUUGGCAUUGUGAUCACCCCAGAAGGUAUCUCCAUGGAGAAAGAAAAGAUCAAGGCAGUACAGGAAUGGAAGGAACCUAAGACUGUCAAGCAACUGCAGUCUUUCAUAGGAUUUGCCAACUUCUACAGACACUUUAUCAAGGACUUCAGCACUAUUGUAAAACCCCUAACUCUGCUUACCAGGCAGGAAGUAAAGUGGAAGUGGGGUGAAGCUGAACAGCAAGCCUUUGAUAGAGUCAAUGAGGAAAUUGGAAAGGACCCAGUACUUAUUCACCCUGAUGCCCAGAAACCUUACUUCUUGGAAACUGAUGCCUCUGGAGUAGCUAUGGGUGCUGUGCUUAGUCAAAGACACACUGAUGGCUACCUACACCCUAUUGCCUUCCUAUCCAAGAGCUUUGAUGAUGCCCAGACUAACUAUGACACACAUGACAAGGAGCUACUAGCCAUCAUUACUUCCCUGGAACAUUGGAGACUUUUCCUGGAAGGCACAACUGAGCCCAUCACUGUCUACACUGAUCACAAAAACCUGGAAUACUGGAAGACAGCCCACACCUUCAACAGGGAACAUGCAAGGUGGUACCAAAUCCUAUCACCUUUUAACUUCAACAUUGUCUACAGACCUGGAAAAAUGUCUGAGAAGCCUGAUGCCCUAUCAAGAAGACCUGAUCACUUGGACAUUCCCAACAAGGAACAAAUAAUGAUUGAUCCUAAACACUUCCUGGUAAUGAAGGCAGAGGUAACAACAGACAUUAUUUCUCAGAUCAGAGAGGCUCAGGAUGAAGAUGAGUCAAUUCAAACACUGAUUGCCACUGUCAAACACAAGGAAGAACUUCCUCCUAGUGUAGCAAAACAGUUUGCUAAAUACCAAUGGAAAGAAGAACUCCUAUGGUAUGAGGAAAGAAUCUUUGUACCAGACAGCAAGGCCAUCAGACUUGAACUCCUAGAACAGUACCAUGACUCCCCCAUUGCUGGCCAUCAAGGGCAAGCACAUACUUUGGAACUCCUGUCAAGAGACUAUUACUGGCCAGGAAUGAAAGCCCAAGUAAACAGAUAUGUGGAAUCAUGUGAAAACUGCCAAAGGAGUAAAGGCCACAAACAUACAGCCCCUAUAAGACCACUACCUAUUCCAAGCAGGCCCUGGGAAGAUAUUGCCUAUGACAUGAUAGUCAAACUCCCACUAUCCAAUGGAUAUGACAGUAUUCUAGUGGUAAUUGACCGCUUUUCAAAGCAGGCCCACUUUAUUCCUUGCAUAGAAAAAACCAAUGCUAAGGAAAUGGCUGAAAUCUUUAUCAAGGAAGUAUGGAAGCUGCAUGGUACCCCUAGGACAACAAUCUCAGAUAGAGGCAGGGUAUUCAACAAUGAAUUCCAAAGGGCCUUAUAUGAGAAAUUGGGAAUAAAGCCUCUAUACUCCACUGCCUAUCACCCUGAGACAGAUGGCCUUGCAGAAAGGACAAAUCAAUGGUUAGAGGGAUUCUUGCGCAGCUACUGCAACUAUGCACAAGAUGAUUGGGCAAAAUGGCUACCUAUAGCUGAGUUCUGUCACAACCAUCAAGUCAAUUCUGCAACUGGCAAAUCAGCCUUUGAGACAGUAUAUGGGAUGCACCCAAGAUGGAAUAUUGCACCUACCACCUCCAAUGUACCACAUGCAGAAGAUAUGACCACACAAAUGGAACUAAUCUGGGAUGAAGUCAAGGCCUCCAUGGAGUUCCACAAAGCAAAGGAAAUAGCACCCAGACAGGAAUACAAAGUAGGAGAUAAAGUGUGGCUAAUGACCACCAAUAUCCAAACAAAGAGACCUGCAAAGAAACUGGACAACAAGAAAGCUGGACCCUUCACUAUCACUGAAAAAAUCUCAUCCCAUGCCUACAGACUAGACCUUCCUAAUACCAUAAAAAUCCACAAUGUGAAACCUCCCCCCAUCAUAACAGAGGCAGGAGAAGAGGAGUAUGAAGUGGAAAAGAUUGUGGCAUGGAAAAAGGACAAGGAGGGGCUGAGAUAUCAGGUCAGAUGGAAAGGAUAUGAUGAGCUAGAGGAUACCAUGGAGAGGGCUGAAAAGAUUGCUCAACUGCCUGAGAUUAUGGAGAGAUUCAAAAAGGAGUUCCCUGAUGGGCCUCUACCUCCUGAAAUCAAAACCCCAGGAAAGAAAAAGAGGACAAUAAAGGGGAAACCUGCUUAUAUGAGUGUGUCUCACUCUAACAGAUAUGCACCUCUUCAAGUCCCCUAA